AUGGCCGGAAUCGCCAAUGCGCAUGUUGAAGCGAAUUUGCCGAAUCCCACUGUUUCGUCGGCGGUGAACAGAGCCAUCGACGGCUGCAAGCGCAUUUGCCCCACAGUGUCGGACCGCCGCCUUCCCAUUACUCUGGACCUCAUGCGGCACCUGAAAGAUAGUAUCAGAUUGACCGCCGUAUCCCACUAUGAGCAGCGGCUUAUCUGGUGCAUCUUUACGACGGCGUUCUUUGCUGCGCUUCGAGUAAGCGAGUUUGUGUCCCCAUCGCCCAGCAAAUAUGACGAGCGAAGCACGCUGCUCAUCAGCGACAUACUGGAGAAUGAUCCCUCGAUGACCCUAACGAUCCGACAAUCCAAGACGGACCAGUUUGGACACGGGUACAGGAUCGCGCUGCACGCAACCGGCCGAUCAGUCUGCCCUGUCACCGCGCUACGAAACUACAUCGCGGCAAGAAAAUCUUCCAAUCUACACGCACUGCCGCUGUUUGUUCAAGAGAACGGUCAAUUUGUCACUAGAACGCAUGUCGACCGAUGGCUUCUAACCCAUCUGCGCGGGAUUCCCGAAAAGCAUCGGUAUGGAACGCACAGUUUCCGCAUCGGUGCGGCUUCAACAGCAGCCUCACACGGAGCUUCGGAAGCCACGAUUCAGAGGAUUGGGAGAUGGAAGUCCUCCUGCUAUGCAAGAUACGUCCGCACAGCUGUUCCGACACACGCCCUCGACGCUUACGGACAGAGCAGUGGUUUAGGGUAG